AUGCGGUUACCUAUUCUUUUAAACAGGAAUAAUGAACAAAAACUUCUUAUUAAACAAUUGAAUAACAAUUUGAUUUCAUUUGAAAACAUUGAAUCAUCAAUUACUAAUUACUUGAAUCAAACAAUCAAACUAUUGAAACUAAAUAUUUUUAUGAUGGAUCAUUUAGAACAAGAUAAUAUUGAAGCAAUUAAAUCGAACACUUUAUUGAAAUCAGAAGAAACACAUUCUGUAUCAAAACAUUCAAUGGUUCCAUUGUCUCAUUUAGUCAAUACAAAACAAGUUAAAACAGAUCCAUUAGGUCUUGUUAUUGCUAAACGUAAACGUAAAGAAAUGGCUGAUCCACAAAUAGCCGAAGCAAUAUUGUCUGCAUCGAAAUUACCACCACCCAUUGUACCAGAAACUACAAAUUCAGUAGAUGUUCCAGAAGAACUGUUACAAAUAUUAGCAUUGGCUAAAGAUUACGAUAAAGAUGAUACAGAAAAUAUUGACUUUUUCAAGAAUUACUCACUUAUACAACCUAGAAAACCAUUAAAGACUGAGGUGAAUAAUGUGACAUACAUGAAACGUGAACGUCUAUGCAAGUUAUCAUCAUUGAAAAAGUAUUUCAUUACUAAAGAUUUCAUGGAGGACACUGAAGAAACUCGAACUUUGGUACAAAAUACUGUUCAUACAGAUGAAGAAUGGUUUAUGGAAAGUUUUUUACAUGUAUUGUGCAUUUUACUGAUCAUAAUUACAUUACCAUUGUCUUUGAUAUUUUGUUUAAAGGUUGUAACACACUAUGAACGAGCAGUACUAUUUCGCCUUGGAAGACUGGUUUCUGCAACUGCUAAAGGUCCAGGCUUAAUAUUUGUUCUUCCCUGUUUGGAUCGUUACCGUGUUUUGGAUUUACGUACUUUUACAUUUGAUGUACCUACACAAGAAGUACUUACAAAGGAUUCUGUCACAGUUGUAGUUAAUGCAGUUGUAUAUUAUCGUGUAAGAGACCCUGUACGUGCUGUAGUUAAUGUUGAAGACGCUAAUCGAGCAACCAGAGUUUUGGGACAAACCACUUUACUUAAUGUACUCGGUACAGUAAAUUUAGAAGAAUUACUUACUGCUAGAGAAGAUAUUGCAGCAUUAAUGCAGGAAUGCUUGGAUUCUGUAACAGAAGCAUGGGGUGUAAAAGUUGAAAGAGUAGAAAUUAAAGAUGUUCGUUUACCUAUACAACUUCAGAGAGCGAUGGCAGCAGAAGCAGAGUCUGUCAGAGAAGCCACUGCUAAAGUUAUAGCGGCUGAAGGUGAAAUGCGUGCUUCUGGUGCUUUAAAAGCAGCUGCUGUCGAAAUUAAACAACAUCCGAUUGCAAUGCAAUUGCGUUAUCUUCAAACAGUCAACAGUAUUUCAUCAGGAAAACAAUCGACAAUUAUUUUUCCAGUACCCUUAGAUUUAACUUCACUGUUUCGGGCACAACUUGAUAAUAUUUUAUGCGGGAAUAUUUUCGAAAAUGUAAACUUUAAAGCAGAUAAUAAACUUCAGUUUCUUAAUAUUAAUAAUAACGAUGAGGAUAGUAAUGAAUAUGAAAAUGAACAAAAGGAAGAUUUGUACAAAGCAACCGGCCAAGAAAACAUUUUAACAAGUUCCUUGAAGUUACCAUAUCAAAUGUCAACUGAUGAAUUUAUGGAGUCUCUAUCACAAAUAGUUUAA